AUGUCUCCGUUGCUGAAAUGCCCUAUUCAAAAUCGUGAAGAAAAUGAGGGUACGCAUCCAAAGAAGUUGAACCCUAAGCAACCAACUACUAGUGGGAAUAGGUCAAAAGUCUCUGCUAGGGUUUUUUCUUUGGACCAUCAGCGAGCCCCUGAGUUAUCUGAUAUAGUGGAAGGUACGAUUCCUGUAUUCCACCGUUUAGCUAAGCUUCUUAUUGACCCUGGGGCAACCCAUUCUUUUGUGAAUCCUGCCUUUAUGUGUGGUAUUGAUGUGAAUCCUGUUAAAUUACCUUAUGUCUUGGAAGUUAGAACACCUACUAGGGAUCAAAGGCUAAUUACCGAUAUGGUUUAUAAAAAUUGUGAGAUUUGGGUAGGAGAACGGAAGUUGGUGGUAGACUUGAUAAGUUUAGAUCUCAAGGGGUAUGGCGUGAUAUUAGACAUGGAUUGGUUGGCUCACUAUAAUACUCAGUUGAAUUGCAAGACUAAGGUGGUGGAAUUCUCUAUACCAAGAGAGGCGACUCUAAGAUUAGAUGUGCGAGGUAGAUUAGUCUCGUCUGCACUUAUUUCCGGAAUUUGA